AUUUAUUAUUAAGAUAUGAAGAUGGUAAAUAAGUUAUUGAUAAUAGCGAUUAUAUUAUUUGAGGUUUCAAGAAUAUUUUCGAUAGAAAAUAACUCUUCAAAAUUUGUGGCGGAGUUGAACAAGUUAUUAGUGAAUGAUAAAAUUGCAGAUGACUACUGCAAUGAUAGAAGAAUAAUAAGUUGCAGUAAUGGUGAGAAGUUUAAAAAUAGGUCAGACAAAUCUGCAAGGUAAUAUUCCGAAUGAAAUUUAUGAGCUGAAUGAAUUGAUAAGUCUGGAUCUAGGAGGAAGCAAAUUUAGUGGUAGUUUAAGCGAUAAUAUUAGAAAUCUAAAUAAAUUAAGAUAUCUUAAUUUAUAUCGUUUGAAUCUAUCUGGGCCGAUACCUGAUGGUUUCUACUUGUUGACUGAUCUGCAUGCUAUGUUUUUAGAUGGGAACAAAUUUAAUGGUAGUUUAAGUAAUGAUAUUGAAAAUAUGAAGAAUUUAAAAUAUAUUCUAAUAAGUGGAUCAAAUCUAUCUGGACCGAUACCUGAUGGUCUAUAUUCAUUAAGUAAUUUAGAACAUAUAAUGUUAGGAGGUAAUAGAUUUAAUGGUAGUUUAAGUGAUAAGAUUAGAAAUCUGAAUAAGUUAACACAUAUUGAUUUAAGUAAUUUAAAUCUAUCUGGACCAAUACCUGAUGGUCUAUGUUCAUUAACUAAAUUGGAACAUCUGUAUCUACAAGGAAACAAAUUUAAUGGUAUAUUAAGUGAUGAUAUCAGAAAUCUGAAUAUGUUACGAUUAAUUGAUUUAAAUGGAUCAAAUCUAUCUGGUGAGAUACCUGAUGGUAUAUAUUCAUUAAGUCAAUUACAAAAGCUGAAGUUAGGAGGUAGUAGAUUUAUUGGUAGAUUAAGUGAUAAUAUUAAAAAUAUGGAUAGUUUAUCAGAGCUUGAUUUAAGUGGAUCAAAUCUAUCUGGUGAAAUACCUGAUGGUCUAUAUUCAUUACCUAGAUUGAAUUAUCUGAAUCUAAAAGGGAAUAAUUUUAGUGGUAGAUUAAGUGAUAAUAUUAGAAAACUAAAGAAUAAAUUAUUAGAGCUUGACUUAAGUGGAUCAAGUUUAUCUGGACCAAUACCUGAUGGUUUAUAUUCAUUAAUUGAAUUACAAGAUCUGAAAUUAGCAGGUAACAAAUUUAAUGGUAGUUUAAGUGAUAAGAUUAGAAAUCUGAAUAAUCUACACACUCUUGAUUUAAGUAAUUUAAACCUAUCUGGUGAGAUACCUGAUGGUCUAUAUUCAUUGAUUAAAUUGCAAUAUCUAUAUCUACAAGGAAACAAGUUUAAUGGCAGAUUAAGUGAUAAUAUUAAAAAUAUGAAUAGGUUAUUACAUAUUGAUUUAAGUGGAUUAAGUCUGUAUGGAUCAAUACCUGAUGGUCUAUAUUCAUUGACUAAAUUAAGAUUUAUGUAUCUACAAGGAAACAAGUUUAUUGGUAGUUUAAAUGAUGAUAUUAAAUAUCUGGAUAUGUUACAAUUUGUUGACUUAAGUGGAUCAAGUUUAUCUGGUGAGAUACCUGAUGGUUUAUAUUCGUUAAUAGAAUUACAAGAACUGAAAUUAGGAGGUAGCAGAUUUAGUGGUAGUUUAAGUAAUGAUAUUAGAAAUCUGAAUAAUUUAUUAUAUCUUGAUUUAAGUGGAUCAAGUUUAUCUGGAUCAAUACCUAAUGGUCUAUAUUCAUUAAGUAAAUUAGAAUAUCUAGAUCUUAUGGGUAACAAAUUUAGUGGUAGUUUAUCAUCUGAGAUUGGUAAUAUGAUUAGGUUAACUAGUCUAAAUCUAAGUUUUAAUCAAUUAAGUGGAAUUAUACCAAAUGAAAUAGGUGAUUUAAUCAAUCUCAGAAAUUUAGAAAUGAUAGAGAAUAGAUUUGAAGGUAAUAUUCCUGAUCUGAGUCGUCUGGAAAAGUUGUUAUAUAUGAAUAUUAGCUCAACAAAACAUAUUCUGAAUGCAAGUUGUAAUGAUAAAAUGUUACCUCCAUAUAUUAAUAAGAACAAAUGUUUUAUUGGACCUGUAAAUAAAUUAUGCAAUAAUAUUAUAAAUUGUCAAUACAACUUUAUAGAUAAAUCAUCAAUUGGUUCAAUAGUAUAUAUAUAUAAAUUAAAAAUAAUUAUUAUGAUGAUAAUAUGCAGAGAUAAUGUGAAUAAUGAUUGA